AUGGCAGUGGGUAAAGGCAACACACAGGUCAGCGACUACGAGCGCCAACGGCAGGAGAAAAUCGCGAAGAAUCAGGCAUUGCUACAACAGCUUCAACUCGAUGCGAACAGCACCGGUCUCGGCUCCAGAUCGAAGGCCAAGUCAAGCUCGAGCGCUGGUCAAAAGCGCAAAAAGCCAGUGGAGAGGGUGAAGAAGGAAGACAACGCGCCGCGACGCACAUCUGCGCGACUACAAGGCAUAGUAGCUGACUCGCAGGUUGCGCGGGAGAAGGAGGAAGCGGACAAUGAGGCGUUUCAAGAAGAGCAACGGGCUAAGCGGCAGCGGGUCACCGAGGACAUUAAUCUUGUCGACGCUGUCGUCAACGGACGGACUUGGAACAAGGCAGGCAACUGGCUAACUGCGGUCGGACCUGCCAACCCCGGCGAGCGCACCUUCUCGGCCCAGGAUGUCACAGAUACGACUGACAAGCAGCUGCGCGAGUUGAGAGAGCGUAUGAGUAGCCUGCAGCUAUGGGAGGGUGCUGAGCCAAAUCGCAUCAAGAUCACCCCGGAGCGGAUAUAUAGCCUAGGUUUCCAUCCAACGCGAGAGAAGGCGCUGGUGUUUGCAGGAGACAAGCUUGGCAACCUUGGCCUUUUCGAUGCGUCCCAAACAUCUCCGGAGCAGGUGAAGCAGGAAGCGGAAGAUGCGGAAGAGGAAGGCGACGGCGAUGUGGACGAGGGUUUCGACCCAGCAAUUACGACGUUCAAGAUCCAUACACGUACCAUCAGUGCCUUCCACUUCCCACCCUACGAUCCGAAUGCUCUCCUUACAGCCUCGUACGACUCCUCGAUCCGCAAGCUGGACCUCGAGAAAGGGCAAGCGGUCGAGAUCUAUGCGCCAGAAGACCGAUUGGCUGACGAUCCCAUCUCUGGUGUCGAGGUCAGCAGAUCAGAUCCGAACAUGCUGUAUUUCACAACGCUGAAUGGCGCUUUCGGGAUGCGUGACAUGCGCACACCAGCCCACGAGGCGGACCUGAUGCAGCUGUCAGAGAAGAAGAUAGGCGGCUUCAGCUUGCACCCUGCGUACCCCCACUUCGUAGCCACGGCAAGUCUAGAUCGCAUGAUGAAGCUCUGGGAUCUGCGUAAGAUUAAUGGCAAGAAGGGCAGUGAGUGGCGUCUACCUGCGUUGGUAGGGGAGCAUGAGUCUAAGCUAUCGGUCUCUCACGCAGCCUUCAAUGCGGCUGGACAGGUAGCCACAGCUUCAUAUGACGACACGGUCAAGAUCCACGACUUCUCCUCUUGCGGAGAGUGGAAGCCUGGUCAUACGCUCAGCGACGCCGAGCUAAAGCCUGCAACUAUCGUACCGCACAAUAACCAGACCGGUCGAUGGGUCACGAUUCUGCGAGCGCAGUGGCAGUUGCAGCCGCAGGACGGUGUACAGCGGUUCGUUAUUGGUAACAUGAACAGGUUUGUUGAUAUCUAUACGAGUAAAGGGCAGCAGUUGGCACAGUUGGGGGGUGAGGGUAUUACAGCUGUGCCGGCGGUCGCGCAGUUCCAUCCUAGUAUGGACUGGGUGGCCGCGGGUACGGCGAGUGGGAAAUUGUGUCUUUGGAUAUAG